GUUUUGCGUCACGUGGGGCCGCGGUAGGCUGGGCUCGUGGCGCGGGGCGCAGCUCAGAGUGGAAGUACAGGCUGAUCCACGCGGCGUGACGGUGCCGUGGACGCGCCGCUCCGGACCAUGGACGAAGCGUGCCGUUACAGCCGGAGCCCGGCGUGGGACGAACUGGUGCCAGAGAAAGGGCUCGCGUCCACAGCAGCGAUCUCCACACACACAGUGAGCGCUGUCACCAUGUCCGGUCCAGGGGACGAGUCUUCAGACAGCGAAGCAGAGCAGGAAGGACCUCAGAAACUGAUCCGGAAAGUGUCCACCUCUGGUCAGAUCAGGAGCAAGACAAGUAUAAAGGAAGGACUGUUACUCAAGCAGACCAGCUCGUUCCAGCGGUGGAAAAAGCGCUACUUCAAACUGAGAGGUCGAACUCUCUACUACGCCAAAGAUGCCAAGUCUCUUAUCUUCGACGAGGUUGAUCUGUCUGAUGCCAGCGUGGCCGAGUCCAGCACCAAGAAUGUCAACAACAGCUUCACGGUCGGUGCCUCUCACACUGAUAACACACACGGGCGCGCACACACACACACACACUUCAGUCACUUUUUAAGUCACCUGUUCAUGCUAACAAUCACGUCACGUUCCCAUAGAGACAGGAAGCAGGAAAUGCUGUCAGGUCAGUUCAGGUGACGUUAAAGUCAAAUC